GAAUGAAUCAUGUGUCCCAUUGAUUGUCACCGAACUUGUUGCUUGCUAGUAACAGUUGUAAACAUUCGUAUUAAACAGAACAAAAUGCCGCAUACAGUAACAUGGUGAAAAGAAAAUAUGUUUUAGCUUCCAUUUUAGCCGUAACUUUGAUUAGUUGGAUAUAUUGGAGUUCAAACCAUGAAGUAAAUAACACUAUAAAAAUACUUUCUGAACAAGAAAGUUUUAAACAUACAAUUAUUCAACCAAGUGACAAAUUGUGUACAGGAAAUCCCUUUCUGGUAAUUAUAGUUACAUCGUAUGUGGGCCAUAUUGAACUACGAAGUGCUCACAGAAGAGCCAUGCCUCAAAAACUUCUGGAAGCCAUGAACGCUAAAAGAGUAUUCUUAUUAGCUAAAAUUCCUGAAAAAGACAAAAUCAUCACGCAAGAGGCAAUAAUAGACGAAAGCAAUAUAUUCGGAGAUAUCCUGCAAGGAUCUUUCGUGGAAAAUUAUAGAAAUUUAACGUUCAAGCAUCUGAUGGGCUUGCAGUGGGCCUCCACAGCGUGCAGCAAUGCAUCGUACAUUUUAAAAGUCGACGACGAUACCGUUUUUAAUUUAGAAAGGACUUAUCGAUUACUAGAAACUUUAGAUGCAAAUGACAUUUUCCUUCUGGGUUACAUUCUCAAUAAUACGAAGCCGAGAAGGAAUAAAGAAAACAAAUGGUAUGUUACUCGGGAAGAAUACUCUAGAAAAAACUACCCUGCUUAUUUAUCGGGGUGGUAUUACAUAACAACGCCAAAAACGGCCCGCAAAAUAACCGAGGAAGCUAUAUACCAUCCUAAAUUCUGGAUUGACGACAUUUUAAUUACCGGUAUGCUCACUGAAGCUUUACAUAUUAAAUUACGACAAUUGCCAAGAGAUUAUUGGUUGGAAUAUUAUGAGUUACUCGAGUGUUGUUUAAGAGAUAUGAUAAAUAAACAAAUUAAUUGCGAUUCGGUAGUUGGACCGAACGGUGGGAGAGAGAAUUUGAUUGUAGAAUUUAAUGACGCAAUAAGAAACUGUGAUAAAUCGAAAAAGUGCACGAAACGUGAUGAAAGCACGCCGUUAAAGAAAGUAUGCAUUGUGAACAGUGAAAGAACUAUAUUUAGUAAUGGUCAACCUCAAGUGGAGUUAUAUAAAUUAUAACACAUA